CAACCACCCUGGCACUUAACUCCUUGGCAGCGCAGCUUUCUCGCCGUCCCUGCCCAAGCUGUUGGCCGCUGGUUUAUUUGCCUUUGUGGUGGAUGAGUAGCGGCCCCCCCGGGCUGCUGUGUCCCCCUCCCCUCUGCACCCGCUGUCAACGAGGGCGUUCGAUAGCGGCCUCGCUGCUAAUGGCUUCGUGACGGAGGCUUUACAACCUCUCCGUAGGCGCGCUCCCCACAGCAGCGUCACUCCACUCGGCCAAGGGGGUUUGGCUCUUGGCAUGGGAAUGGUGGUUUAAAUCAGUGUUGGUCCCUCGAUCGCUGCUGUUUAACACGGAUAUCUAAGCAGGACCUGCCUGCCUAGGGUUGUGGCUGAACGGCGUCGAUACAGAGGUCCAGGCUGCGGUGCCUCCCUGCUCUCUGCCUGGCUCAGAGCUGAGUGCUGGAAAGGGAACAGAGGUCAGGAGAGCGGAGGAGUGGCUCGAAAUGGCUCUUCGCACAUUUGGAUGAGCUAAUGGGAAAAAAACAGAGGAAGGCAAAUAAACAUUAUUGUUUCAUGUCAGGCAGGGAGGAGACAAAAGGUCACAGGCUUCCCUUGUGAUGGUAGGAAACGGCAGCAUCAGCAGGGCUGGAAAGAGCUGGAGAGCCAAGGGAAAGUGUGGAUGCGUGCCCGGGACUCGUGAGUGCCCACACGUGUCUGGGAAUUUGUCCCUGGAUCCAGGGAUUGCUGCCUUUGCAGGUGGGAGCUCCCGGGGCAUCAUCUCCUGGUGCCGCCUGCAUCCCUGCUCCCAUUGACCUCGUCUCCUGUGCCAUGGCCGUGCGGUGCAUGCAGAAACGGCUCGAGGAGCUGCCCUGGGAGCUGCGGGGCUGGGACACGCGCGCCGUGGACACCGGAUGGAAAAGCACGAGCCUGGUUGUGGAGGCCAGCACCCUUCAGCAGGAGAGGCUGCAGGCCAUCGCGGAGAAGCGGAAACGUCAGACGGAGAUCGAGAACAAAAGACGGCAGCUCGAGGAUGACAGGCGGCAGCUGCAGCAUCUCAAGUCCAAGGCUCUGCGGGAGAGAUGGCUGCUGGAGGGGGCCCCGGCUUCAGCCUCCGAAGAGGAUGAGGCCAUGAAGAAGCAGAUGCAGGAAGAUGAGGUGAAGACUAAGGAGCUGGAGGAAACCAUCCAGAGACUGGAGAAGGAGCUGGAGACGCUGGAGAACGGCAGCUCAGCGACUUCCACCAAGGAGAACCUGGCAGAGGUGGCGGCGCCGGCAAAGGAGGAGAAGACAGAGGCUGUCCCCAACACACAGAAGAGUCCUCUGGGCACAGUCAAGGCUGAGAAGAAGAUCUCCAGCAGCCCCAUGAAGGUGGUGGAAGGCACUGACAUGAUGAAGGCAGCCAUGUACUCGGUGGAGAUCACCGUGGAGAAGGACAGAGUGACUGGGGAGACCAAGGUCCUGUCCAGCACCACCCUGCUCCCCCAAAACCACUGUCUGCAGGGCGUCAAAGUGUACGAGGAUGAGCUGAAAGUGGUGCACGCAGUGAGCGCCGAGGAUGGGGCUCUGCAGAAUGGGGCUCAGCCCCUCAGCUCCUCCGAGGUCGACGAGCUCCUGCACAAGGCGGACGAGGUCACCUUGAGCGAAGCUGCCGGACGGGAGACCCCGGCCAAGGGUGGUGAUGCCGGCGGCACCCCGGCAAGCCAGAAGGCAACGCCACGACGGGAGAUCACGGGGCUGCAAGCCAAGGCACGGGAAAGCCCCACGGUGCUGCCACCGGGUGAGGGGACGGAGCCGAGCCGGGAGCAGCCGGUCACCAUGAUCUUUAUGGGCUACCAGAACGUGGAGGAUGAGAACGAGACCAAGAAGGUGCUGGGGCUGGAGGGUACCAUCAAGGCUGAGCUGGUGGUCAUCGAGGAUGCUGAGAGCAAGCCGGAACCGGCAAGCAAGGACCACGCACCGCCCAACGGCACCGCGCUGGAGCCGGCGGCCGCCCAGCCGCUGGCAGAGGAGGGUCCGGGUGGGCAGAAGCCGGGUGCCAACGCCACAGAUGCCAAGGAGGCUGAGCAGCAGACGGACGUGAAGAAGCAGCGCUGCAAGUGCUGCACGGUGAUGUGAGCCAUGCCGCUGCCCCCACCGAGCCCCCCCGCCGUCCCGGCCCCCACUAGCCAGGCCCACCGCCCCGGAUACGGCCCCUCCACAGGCAGCAGCGAACCGUGGCCACGGCACCAACUCGUCCCAUCUGCCUGAUGCCCACACCGCACCCCACCAGCGCCUGUGAUAUUUAUUAGAGCCCCCCUCAUCCCAUGGCCAAGCCUCCCCCUGCACCAGCACCCUCCCAACGCCAACACCGGAGCCUUUCCCUCCUCUCAGCAGCAUUUUCCCACCUGCCGUUGGAGGACGGAGCUGCCCGGGCUGGGGGAUCGGAGGACGCCGUUGCGUCCGUAGAUGACUCCCGGUGAGCCACAUUUGGCCCAGCCCGCGGUGGAUUCAGCCAGCCCCUCUCCCAACGGCUCCAUCAUCUGCUUCUCCUGCUGGGAAAGGCUCUGGGCUGUCCCUCUCAGCUGCCCAUGGAUGUCUCUGCUCCAUCCCGCACCCUCAUCUCUGCAACCCCGGGCUCCCCAAGCCGUGAGCCCCUCGGGGAUGGAGCCCAUCCAGGCGAGGGAAGGGCGUUGAGGGCAGAGUCUCCUCCACGAUGCUCGGCUGCGGGCGGGAGCUUGCAGGGAGCCGUGAGCCAUGCGUGGCUUCCAUGGGAUCAGCCCCAACCUCUCCCCAGGGCUGUGGGUGGGAGCCCCUGCUCUGCUCCCCUGAACUUGGUGCUCACAGUGACGGCUGCCACCAUCCAGGUACCGAUGCCACAGGCUCCCGUGGGGCGUUGGCUGUCACGUUGCCAACGUCGCUGGGUGCUUCCAGCUGGAUGGGCUGAGUCGUGCCGGGUGCCCGUGUCCUCUUGGGGUGACGUGGGUGGUGAUGGCAGCAAAAGAUGGGGAGCUCGGGGGGGAAACCAAGCCCUGUGGGGAUAGGGAUGGGCUGGGAGCUCCUGUGCCUCCUCGUCUCCCUCCUGGCUCUGCUCCCGGUCCAGCGGUGACAGCCUGGCAGAGCUGCUUCCUGGGCACAGGGGCUGCAGCAUCACCACCCCCAGGGCAUGGGGCAGCCCAGUUCACCCCAGGCACUGGGACUGGGAGCUGCUGGGAGUGUGGUGUCCCGUGGAGGGCAUCCUUGGGAUGCUGUAUCCAUGCCAGGACAGCAAACAGACUUCCCUGCUCCCCCCCCAACCCUGCACCCCAGCCUUUCAGCGGGGAUUUCACCACCAGCACCAGCGUUUCCUCCCCACUGAGACCCGCUGGGGAGGGGGAUGCAGGGUGGCACCCAUGGGUGCUGAGCCCUGCCCAAACCCUGGGUGCUUCUGCAGAGGCUGACACAUCUCGUGGGCAUUGGGUGCUGCUGAGCCCACCUCGUGGGUCUGGUGAGCUGGGGCUACAAUCCUGUCCUGCCCUGGCAUGGGAGCUGCUGCCAGGGGGUCCCCAUCUCCUGUCAUCACUGUCUCAAAGGCUCUGGGCUUUGGAGCCCCGUGUGCUGGGGUGGCUUUCAUUGCCUGGUGCCCCACAUCACCGGGAUGGCAGUGCCCGGUGCCCUUGUGCUGGGGGCACAGGAGCUUUGGACAGGGUGCAGACAGCCCGGAGCAUGACCCAGCUGCCAGGCAGCACUGCACAGGGUUCCUGGUGCGAGUGCAAGGGGGUCCCACCUGCUGAGGGCAUCGGGGUGAUCCAGGGAUCCCCCAAGACCCCGGCAAAGCUCGUGCAGAGCAGCCCUUGAGCUGCCCAGCCCACCUGGGCGAGGAUGGCAGAGCAGCCAGUGAUGGAGCUCAGCCCCUCAAGGCAUUCCCUCCCCUCCAGCCCCCUUGUGUGAGCAGUGACCCCCUUUCCCUGGCAUCCAAAUUCCCCCACCCCAGGUUGCAGUUUCCCCCCCAUUGGAAUCUGCAGGCGUAGGAGAGCGGGGCAGGGGCUGCGGGGGCUCACGGCGCUGCUGUGCCAGUCCUGCCCCAGAUGGGCACUGAAAGCCUCUGGGAGAGGCAGAGCUGGGGUAGAGAACGGGGGGUCAGGCCUGGCACCCCCAGGAGAGGGGAAAGAGGGUGCCCUUCCUGCCUCUCCCGUCGGCGGCAUCGCCAGUGCCGCAGAGCUGGGUGCUGCGGGGCACCCCCAUCGAUCCCGGGGGGGCUUUGUUAGGGUCAGCGGGGAUCCAUCACCUCCUGCCACCCCAUGGCUGGGGGCCAGCACCGCCCGCCCCAUCCCACCCUGAGUCCCACAGCCCCAUUCCAGCCCACGCCGGGGCCCCCUCCCACCCUUGGCACCCCCUUGCCCUUCAGUUGGCUUCGGACCCAGUGCCGGCCCCUGGCUCCAUCCGGCUCCCCCAGCAGCAGGGAGCAGGAUCAGGCCCCCGUGGGGCCGGGGCUGGUUGGGGCUGAGUGACCGCAGGCGGAGGAGCCCGGCUGCACCCCAGCCCCAUCCCAGCCAGCCCCCCGCCACCCCCCGCCUGGCUCCGCUGAAGUGCACUUCCCGCAAUCCCGUGCUUUUCACUUGUGCCGAAGCCGUUUGAAGUUUUUCCUCACCCCCCCAACCCCCCCCAAAAAAAAA